CUUUUUUGAUAUUUAAGGAACUCUGUCUGGUUCUCGCUGCUACAAAUACAAAGACACCAUUUGACUCAUUUCUGUACACGAGCUGACACAGCGUUUGACGAUGACGUCUAUGAGGAUGUGGUAUCUCUUGCUCCUCGCUGCCUUCCUGCCCAUUGUUCCCACAGUUGCUGAAGUGGUGAAGUCGGUGUCCGACUGUGCGGAGUUUCUCCUUGAAGCAAAGCCACCUCAGAUCCCAGGAAUCUUGGAGGGCGGCCACAUCCUGAACCAGAACCGAUACAAACCCAUUUGCCAGACUUUUAUGAAAAAGAGAACAUUUGUGACGCUUUACGACCUCAUGAACAAGAUUCCAGUGUUUUCUGCUUUAAAGUACAGAGGGAAUGGAAGAGGGAGGAGACCUCAAAACGACUGGAAGAUUGAGCCACAGCUUGAGAACGAAGAUGACAAGAACAAGAACAUGUGGGAUGUAGACAAAAACAAGACCUACACCAACCAGGCUGGGAACAGUGAUUACAGAAACAAUGUAAGGUUUGACAGAGGCCAUUUAAUUCCAAGCUCUUACGGAUUCAACAAAACGGACAAAAGAUCCACCUUCACCCUGACCAACAUCGUUCCACAAGCAAAAACAUUCAACCAAGGAAGCUGGAACAGAAUGGAGCAGUGCAUCAAAUGUGUUAUGGACAAAUACUGCAUCAACAACAACAAUGCUACUGAAGGCUUUGUGGUAACUGGAGCGCUACCCAACAUCACAAACUUCCUCAGAAACAGGAUUAAUAUUCCCACCAUGCUCUGGUCAGCCUUCUGCUGCUACAGCUCCAAAACAAAGACUUGGAUAGCAAGCGCGCACUGGGGUGACAAUGUUCCUGAUGAAUCUGACAACAAAUAUCUGCAGACUAAGACUCUGGAUGAACUCCAUCAGAAACUGAGGACAGCAGACUCUGAAUUUAAGCCGUUUCCUGGAACACAGUGCCCUCUCCAAACAACCGUUACUAAGUUUUACCCUGAACUUGAAAACUGCAAAUGUCCACCCUCCACUUUAACCCCUUCUGCCCCUCACACCUCAACGUCUUCCCCUUUCACCUCCUCAGCUGUCCCACUCACAAAUGCAUCCGUUCCUGUACCUACAACAUCUGGCCCUUCCACAUCCACAUCUGGUCCUCCUACUGUAACAACUGGCCAUCCGUACACCGCAUCUUGUGCAACAUCUACAUCUAGCCCAUCUGCAUCUACACCUGGCACUAAAACCAUCCCACCUGGCCAACAAACAUCUAUCACAUCAUCCCCUUUCACCAUAAAAUCUGCCCUUCUGCCAUUUACACCUGGCUCACACAUCAUAACAUCUGGCCCUCCGACAUCUGUCUCACACAUCAUAACAUCUGACCCUGAAACAUCUGGUUCACACAUCAUAACAUCUGGCCCUCCCGCAUCUACAUCUGGUGUUGUCAUCCCAAUGUCGGGUCCUGCAGCAUCUACAUCCAGCCCAGCAACGUCAUUACAUACUAUAAUCUUCUACAUCUGGCCUUUUUGUUACAACAUCUGGCCCUCCCAUAUUUUAAUUUAAACACGUCUCACAUCACAUACAACAUAUAAUCCUGCCACAUGGCCCACUUACCACAAUAUCUGGCCCUCCUUUAUCUUAAAAAACCACAUCUCUCAGUAAAGGUGUUUCUUUGGGUUUCUACUUUGACGAAAAAUGUAGACACUCUGUGGUUACAACUUUCGAAAUUGAUCAGCAGCUAACAUACUGUGUGUGUGUGUGUGUGUGUGUGUGUGUGUGUGUGUGUAUGUAUUAGAGCCUGACCAAUAAAUUGAUAUGCUGAUAUUAUUGGCCAAUAUGAGCAAAUUACAGAUAUAUCAGUAUCGGGUUUAUUACAGGCAAAAAAUGACAAUUAGAAAUAAGCAGAAGACAGCUCAUACACCCAUGAGAGUUUUCGUUGCAUAGCUUGUCCACCAGAGGGCACUCUGCAGCUCCCUUUUUGGAACAUCAGAUGUACUUUUGUUCACAGUACUUUUUAAAAAUUAAGAAAGUAAUCCUGAAGAGGAUUCAUAACUACGCAUAACAUAUGUUAGAGAUAAUCUUUGUAUGUGUUUCUGAAAAGAAGGAGAAAAAGAAUAAUAAAAGAAUAAUAAAAGAAUAAUAAAAAUCUGAUUUUAAAAUACUCAAAUCUCACUAGAAGUCUUAAAAAUCCCAUAUCAAGCUCAAAUACAUAUAUACACAUUAUAUAUAUAUAUAUACACACAUACAUACAUACAUACACACACACACACAAAAACUUUCUAUAUAUAUAUAUAACAAAUUAAUAAAGAUAACUUACUGCUUUAAAAAUCAAUACAGAUUUAACAACCUAUUUUAAUGUUUUUAAGCUUCAGGAUGAGUUGUUUUAGUGUUUGUUUUUUUACUGUACAACACUUUUUGUAAUCAUUUGUGCAGUUUCAUUUGUUACGAUGAUAGGACACUGGAUAAGACAAAGUGUCCUUUGUAUGCAUCUCACAGGAAGAAAUUUACUGUUUUCAGACUUUCUCGGCCUUGUCUGACCAACACAAGAGAAUCAGACUUUUUGCUUUUCUAAACAUGCUUCUGUUGGAUAGUUCCAUUGCUAAAUGCAUAAACUGUAUUAAACAUUGUUAAUCUGUUUAAUAUCCCACGGGCUAGAAUCCAUAUAUGCUUCAUUGAUCUACUUUGAAUAAACAGUAGAUUUCAAGUCAUGUCCCACAGUCCCUGAAGGGCUUAUUUACAUCGGUGUCAGAGCAUCAUCUAGUGACCAGUAUUAAAUGUCAUAAAUGGUAAGUCACACCAUGGGAUCUCACAAACUGUAAUCAGUUAAUUAUGAUCAAUGAGCCUGAUCACUGUUCUGAAAUAAAGCUCUGUCUGUCUGAUCAUGAUCCAUGAUAUCUGCCCUCCACAUGGACAGUCUAUUUGAGCGUUAAAAUAAGUAAAAUGUGGCAGCUGUUGUUCUAGGCUACACAGGUCGAUUGUUUCAGUCCCUAUUUUGGUUGAUAAAGUGUUUGAAAGCCAUGAGAAUCAGAAUCAGAAAUUCUAACAGCAAAUAUUUUGGGCCUCUGCCGAGUGUCCAGGUACCAGGGUCAUCACUUCCACAAUCCUCCACUGGUUUCACACCAUAACUGCACACAAGAAGAAGGAGCACAUGCACAUUUUAUGUUAUGAUGAUUCUGAUUAUUAUAAAAUGUUGUUAAACUGUGUAAAUUAAACAUUUUUCACUGUU